CGUCUCCUUCAACUCUCCCUAAGCAUCAGCAUACAAAUCACUACCUGCCGAUCUCCCCACAACGUGGAAAUCGACAUCGAUGUGAUCAGGGUCACCACUGAGGCCACGUCAGCUCGAGUUGAUCCGGGAAAACGGUCGAUCACGCCUUAUCAACACCCGACUUGGCUCACGCGCUUCUUCCUCUUCACAAACACUACUCUUUCGACUCGUAAGCCUUAGGACCUUGCCUUGCUAGACUGUCACCUUGACUCUUGACUGCAUCAUACGCUCUGCUAUAGCUGGAGUACCAGAAGGAUGCCGUCAACCGCUGGACCAUCGACUUUCUCGGCGUAUGCGAGUCGUUUCUUAUCUGGCAAAACGUCGCCGCCCAGAGGAAGGGGAAUGGAAGAUGACAGUCAGAUCUUUCGUGCGACCUCUCCAUCUCCCCAUGAUCCCUUCAUCACCUCCCCUACCGCCUCAACCUCACAACCCUACCUUGCAGGCGGUCUCUCGCCUCCCGCUAUGCAAACUCCUCCAUUCCCAGGUAUAGGUAUCGACGACCUUCCCGAUAUAGGCGAUGGCUCUAUAGGCGUGGGCCUUCUAUUCGACGGUCCCAAAGAUAUGCCCGAGAGUGACCCUCCUAGGCGUUCAGCGUCUCGGAGCAAGUCAAGAGGUGUAGGAAAAUCAAAGAAAGGGGUACCAAACCCCUAUGAAACCAGCUCUGAGGAAGAAGCCGAGAUGCCUAUCGAUGUCGUUGCUUCAGUUCGCCAAUCUCUCAUACGACCCCCGCAACCGGCGCAGAAACCUUUGUCAAAGCGAGCACAAAAGGGUUGGUUAGCACAUCAAAGUAUCUUCCCUGCUUCUUCAUCGAGCGACAGCGAGGAGAGUGAUAAGAUAACCGAAGAAGACUCAGAAAUCGGCGAACAAGACGAGGAUGAGGAUGAUGAGGGAUACAUGCUGUCACCAUCCGAGCUGUACAAGGCAUCAAUGAGACCUCCGGCCUACAGCGGUGGCAAUCUGCAAGAACCUCUGCUGGGUCCGGACGAGCUAAUUUCUGAACGAGAUGGACGAAGGACGACGGUGCCUACGAGGUUACAUUUGUAUCAGGGUCGUUUCGGCCAUUGGGAGGGUGAUGCUUUGCGGAAAUACAAAGGUUUGUUCCCCACCGCCAGAUGCUCCAACCCGCCCAGCCCUGUCCAUCAUUCCCCUCCUCCCACUGCUCUUCGCUCUUCUCGUACCAACUCUGCUUGCACCGCCUGCAUUCCUGCUGUUGCUCCGGAAGACCGUUCGACCCGUCCUGUUAGCAACCGCAGUGAUCGAUGGUGGGGGACCACCGGACUCCGGAUAGGGGCUCUUUUGCUCUGGUUGCUGGCCGCGAUGUUUGGAAGAAUGGUAUGGCUCCGUCGCAAACGUCUGGAGAGAGCUGCAGCUGUUGUGGAGCUUUCAACACACCUGUUACUCACUCAUACCCCUUUAUUGCUUUUGACCCCUCUUCUUCUCAGUAUCUUCGCUGUCCUUUCCAUACCUUUCCUCACUAUGCUCUUACGACUCGGCAUGAUCGGUUACUGGCGUCAUCCACGUGAGAACACAUGGGUCUUCCAUAUCCGCCCUUAUGCCGGCUGGCUCAUCUUUCUUGUGACCCUCAUCUGGGUUUGGACAUGGAGUGUCCUUCGAGGGAUUGGUCGGGUAGCUGUGGCUGGUGUUGUUGGUGAAUGGUACUUCCAUCGAGAUGACCCUGGACACCCCUCUGCUGUGGACGUGACGACCGCUGCCGUACACCGUGCCACCGGUACUUCUCUCGGUAGCAUCUGUCUCGGCUCCGGUAUCGUCGCCAUCGUUCGAGUGGUCGGAAGGUCCGCUGCGGAGCUUCGUCGCAUCACCUCACCUCGCAAUCCCCUUCCUGCCCCCGUGGCCUUCCUCUCGAAGCUUACACCCCUUUUCGCCGUCAUCGCUAGUGUACUGGAUCAACUGAACGGCUAUGCUCUGGUAUAUGUCGGUUUAACAGGGGAGGCAUUCUGGCCCAGUGCGAAGAGAGCGGUCAACUUAGCUGGCAGACGAAAGGGAGGAAGAUUUCUAGAUUAUACACUCAUCAAACUUCUUCUCACCCUCAGUUCAACAGCCGUGGGAUUGUUCACGGCCACGGCGGGCUACCUGUAUAUGACACACACCUUGGCCAAUCCCGGAUACGCUCCGUUUGCCGCUUUACUUUGUGGAGGAAUCCCGUUCCUGGCUAUUCGCGCAGGGGCUGCGGUUCUGGGUGACACUGCUGAUGCGCUCUUCAUCUGCCAUCAAAUCGACCGUGAGCUAGGCGGUGGGCAUUGCCCAGAAGCAAAGAAAGCUUUUGAAGGCGAACCUAGAGAUGUCGAAUCUGUGUAAGAUCUCGAAUCGUUUCGAAGUUCCGGCUACUAUCAACUCUUGACCCAUCCCAUCUGUAAACCACACAUUAGAAUCUAUUGACUUUUCUUUCUGUACUGACUCCGCUGUAUCGUUGAACAUGCAUCAGGUACUCUACU